AUGGCUGCAGGGAAUGUCACUCGAGUGACUGAGUUCAUUCUCAGGGGGUUCUCAGACAGUCCCGAGCUCCAGGUGCCCCUUUUCUUUACCUUCCUGGUGAUCUAUGGGCUGACGGUGGCAGGCAACCUGAGCAUCAUCACCCUCACCAGUGUGGACUCUCGACUUCAAACCCCCAUGUACUUUUUCCUCCGACACCUGGCUAUCGUCAAUCUUUGCAAUUCUACCGUCAUCGCUCCUAAAAUGCUGGUCAGCUUCUUGGUUAAGAAGAAAACCAUCUCCUACUACAGUUGUGCAGCUCAACUUGGGGGAUUCGCAGUUUUCAUUGUGGCUGAGAUUUUCAUGCUGGCGGCAAUGGCCUAUGACCGCUACGUGGCCAUUUGUAACCCCCUGCUGUACAUGGUGGUGGUCUCUCGGCAGCUUUGCCUUCUGCUGGUAUCCCUCACAUACCUCUACAGUCUGACCACAGCACUGACCGUCUCUUCCUGUGUGUUCUCGGUAUCAUACUGCUCUUCUAAUGUAAUCAACCAUUUUUACUGUGAUAACGUUCCUUUGUUAGCAUUGUCCUGUUCUGAUACCUUCAUUCCCGAAACAGCAGUGUUCACCUUUUCAGGGACCAAUUUGUUUUUCUCUGUUACCAUUAUUCUAAUAUCCUACUUCAACAUUGGCCUUGCCAUUUUGAGAAUACCAUCCUCAGAGGGAAGACAAAAGGCUUUUUCAACCUGUGCAUCUCACAUGGUGGCAGUCACUGUGUUCUAUGGAACUCUCCUUUUCAUGUAUUUGCAGCCAAGGACCAACCACUCAUUAGAUACUGACAAAAUGGCUUCGAUCUUUUACACUCUAGUGACACCGAUGCUGAAUCCCCUCAUUUACAGCCUAAGGAACAGAGACGUGAAGGAUGCACUGAAGAGGUUCCUGAAUAACCCGUGUCACUCACUCAGAAUACUGUAA